CACCGCUAGUCGAAACUUUCCCUCGUUGUUGUACGUCUCGGGUCUGAAUAAUCCAGGAGAGGGGACUAAGGGUGAGAGACGAGCUCACCGGUUCGAGGUUCAGGCAGAAUGCAUAAUACAUUCACAAGGUGGAAAGCAACUCUCAUUGUUUAGCCGACUUUUCCGGCAAUUGUCAGUUUGACACACUAGGGAGGCAUUGGAACAACGUGCUGAUCCCAUAUCACUGGCCAUCAACCUCAGAGUGAAAGUUGGUGUGAUCUCCGAUUCCUGAAGCUUUUGAAACCGGCUGAAAUUUGAUCCACGUGAAAGCCAAGUGCUCGUCCUCGUGCUGAACGGCGACGUUGAUUUCCAACGAGGGCAAUUUAUUGACGAAACAAGUGGAAGUCGUCCAUCCACUACCGCCACCACGUCCUCCACCACGGUCAUCAUCUUCCAGCGUUUCGUCUCUCUGAAUUUUUCAGCAUGCCGGACGUGAUCAACGAUGUCAAGUUGGACUUCAAGGAUGUCCUCUUGCGACCCAAGCGAAGUGCCCUGAAAAGCCGGGCUGAUGUCGACCUGAAGAGGAAAAUGACCUUCCAUCACUCGAAAAAGGUUCAUGAAGGCGUUCCUAUCAUCGCCUCGAACAUGGACACGGUUGGCACCUUCGAGAUGGCUAAAGCUUUGGCUGCUCAUGGUUGCCACACCUGUAUUCACAAGUACUAUUCUUUGGAAGAAUGGCAGCAGUUUGCUCGCGAGUCCCCGGAGACCCUGCCGUUUACAGCCUGCAGUUCUGGGACUGGAGCAGGGGACUAUGAGCUGUUGUGCCAAGUCCUCGAGGCUAUCCCAGAAAUCAACUUUGUUUGCUUGGAUGUAGCCAACGGCUAUUCUGAGCAUUUCGUGGAUUAUGUGAGGAAAGUUCGAGCAGCUUUCCCAUCUCAUACCAUCAUGGCGGGCAAUGUUGUCACCGGUGAGAUGACAGAGGCUCUCAUUUUUGCUGGAGCGGAUAUCGUCAAAGUCGGCAUUGGACCAGGAUCGGUUUGCACGACCCGCAAGAAAACUGGAGUUGGAUAUCCGCAACUCUCAGCUGUUUUGGAAUGCGCUGACAGCGCCCAUGGACUAAAUGCCCACAUCAUUUCGGAUGGAGGAUGCACUUGCCCCGGCGACGUGGCCAAAGCCAUUGGAGCUGGUGCCGACUUCGUUAUGUUGGGUGGAAUGCUGGCCGGUCACGAUCAAGCUGGAGGAGAAGUCAUCGAGAAGGAUGGAAAGAAAAGGAAACUUUUUUACGGAAUGUCAUCAUCGACGGCCAUGCUAAAGCAUAAAGGAGGCGUAGCGGAGUACAGAGCUUCCGAGGGAAAGACCGUGGAGGUUCCUUACCGGGGGGACGUCAACGACACCAUGCUCGACGUCUUGGGCGGACUUCGAUCCGCUUGCACCUACGUAGGAGCUGGAAAGGUGAAAGAAAUGCCGAAGAGAACGACUUUUAUCAGAGUGACACAGCAACUGAAUGAGGUCUUCAGCAACAUCUAGUUUGGAGGCAAAGUUGAAGCAGUCUCUUUGAUUUGACUUAGUCUGACAUGACAAUUUGAUUCGCUCAAAUAAAGCAACCCGCUAUGAAUGAUA